AUGAGCCUCGCGGCGCUUGACGUUUCCGCCGUAUUGCUUUGUGCCGCCGUCGUCGUCGUGGGGGCAGCGACCUGCCUCGCGGGCAUGUUCCUUUUUGUUGUGUUUCCUGUCGGCGGGACGCCGCUGAAGCGCGUGCCGGGGCCGCCAUCGACCAGUUUCCUCCUCGGCAACAUGCGUGAAAUCUUUGAUCGAGUCGGCAACUUCCCCGACCCGUUCCUGUCCUGGAUGAACCAGUUUGGGGGAGCGGUCCACUACCGCAUCGCAUGCCAACGCCGCCUACAGUUGACGGACCCCGCGGCGGUGCAGUUUGUCUUGGCCACGCACGCGUCGACGUUCCCGCGCCAUCCCACCCUUCGGCGCUUCUUUACGGACUUUUUGUCGGGCGAGGGCCUCCUCAGCUCGGAAGGAUGCCACCACGACUACCACCGCAAAGUGCUCAACCCACACUUCAACUUGAGUCAAAUCAAGUCGUCGAUCGCUGUGUUUGCCGACCAGACGCUUCGAUUCUGUGCAUCGCACCUCGACGACGGCGCCGCAGUCACUGCGGCAGGUCGCGCAGUCAACAUGAACUCGUUUUUUCAAGCGCUGACGUUGAACAAUGUGGGGUUGACCGCGUUUGGGUACGAUUUUCAAUCCAACCCGGACGCUAUCGUCGCGUUCGACGAGCUGCAAGCGAUGCCGAACAAGCUCCUUCUCGCGUGCUCGAUGUGCAUUCCUGGCUUUUCGUGGUUGCCAUUCCCGAGCUUUCGACGCCGCCACCACGCCCGUGCCAAGCUGCUGUGCAUCAUGCAAGACAUCAUCGACCGAAAGCUCGCGACAGGACCAACCACAAGUACAAGUACGACCCCGCGCGACUUGCUUGACCGCAUGCUCGAGGCUGGAACAUCCACCCACGACGCUGUGGUGCACACCCUGACCGUGAUGUUUGCCGGGCACGACACAACGACGGCGGCGCUGUGCUGGACAUUUUACCGCCUCGCUUGCGAGCCGUCCCAGGCGGCGUUGGCUCGGCGCGAGUGUUUGCACUUGCUCGACGUCCAUGGCUCGUUCGACCAGUGGCAAGCCCUCCACGACUUGACCUAUACGACGGCUUUUAUUCAAGAAACCCUCCGCCUGCACCCUCCGGUCCCGUUCAUCGGGCGUCGCAUGGCCCGUGAUGACGUCGACGUCCCCAUGUCCGACGGCUCGUCAGUGUUUGUCUCGAAGGGAACGUCAGUGUGCGUGGUGCAUGCCGCCAUGCAGCGCGAUCCAACGUACUGGGCCCAUCCCAACGACUUCGUCCCUGAGCGGUUCGUUCCUGGCACGUGCGCCUAUGCCGCCGACCUUGGCCUUCGACACGGCCGAGGCCAUGCCGUCCACUACAUGCCGUUUAGUGCUGGCUCGAAAAACUGCAUCGGCCAGCGAUUUGCCAUGGCCGAGCUGCAGGUCGUAGUCGCGACGCUUCUCACCAAGUACGAGUUUACGCUGGCGCCGGAUGCAGACCACACGAACUUGUUCAAUGGCAUUUCCGUGCAGCCGACGCGGUUGACUAUGGCGAUGAUGCCGCUUCGAGCAAGUCCUCCCUCUGGUCUGUAG